UUUUAUUGAUUGACUAUUGAACGAAAAUAAAAAUACCUGACAUUCCCGACUUUGAACAGGAAGCAAGAUGGAAGCGCUUUUGGAAAGAGCGGCUGCUACAGGACUUGAAAAACACCCAAGAAAGCAAAAUAUUCAAAUAAAAUAUGGAACAGCGGGUUUCAGAACCAUUGCCGAUCAACUGGAUCAUGUCAUUUACCGAAUGGGACUGUUGGCUGUCAUUGCAUCCAAGUCCAGAAAAGCAACUAUUGGAGUAAUGAUAACAGCCUCUCACAAUCCUGAAGAAGAUAAUGGUGUAAAACUGGUUGAUUGUCGUGGAGAAAUGAUGCCUGCAAUUUGGGAAAAAUAUGCUACACAGCUGGCUAAUGCAGGGGAUGAUGAAAUAGUUGGUGUUUUAAGAAACAUUUUAUCAGCUGAAGUUAAAAACCCUGACGUUACAGCAAAAGUUAUUUAUGGUAAAGAUACAAGACCAAGUAGUAUACCAUUAGCCCAAUCAUUGCAAGAUGGUAUAGUGGCAUUAGGAGGAGAAUAUCAUGACUUUGGAUUGUUAAGCACCCCACAGUUGCACUAUCUGGUUGUUUGUACGAAUACUAAUGGAGCAUACGGUCAACCAACAGAAGAAGGAUAUUACAAUAAAUUAUCUCUUGCAUUCCAAGCUUUAUCUAAACAGCAAGAACCAACACCAUGUAAAAACUACUCAAGGAAAUUAUACGUGGAUGCUGCUAAUGGUGUGGGCGCCCCUAAAUUACGAUCUCUAUUGUCUCAUCUUAGUGAUCUUCUAGAUGUACAAGUCUUCAAUGAUGGAAGUGAAGGAAGACUCAAUUACCAGUGUGGAGCAGAUUACGUGAAAGUUCAACAGAAAUUACCUGUUGAUAUGAAAGUAGAAGCUGGUAUACGAUGUGCAUCAUUUGAUGGUGAUGCUGAUCGUAUUGUUUAUUAUUAUAUUGAUCAAGAUGGAAAGUUUAAUUUAUUGGAUGGCGAUAAGAUAGCAACUCUGGUAGCAGGGUAUUUACAAGAGCUUGUAGCUAGAAGUGGAAUCAAUUUAAAACUAGGAUUAGUUCAAACAGCCUAUGCUAAUGGUAGUUCUACAGAAUAUAUCACAGAUACACUGAAAGUUCCGGUGGCAUGUGUACCAACAGGAGUUAAACAUUUACAUCACAAGGCUCAAGAUUUCGAUAUUGGUGUUUAUUUUGAAGCUAAUGGUCAUGGAACAGUAUUAUUUAGUGAUGAUGCUUUGAAGAGAAUUGCAGACAGUGCCGGCGAGAAUUCCAGUUUAACAAGUGAUCAAAAACAAGGCGUAAAACAUCUUUCAACUGUUAUAGAUGUCAUUAAUCAGACGGUUGGAGAUGCGUUAUCAGACAUGUUGUUAGUGGAGAUUAUUUUACGAACCCGAGAUUGGAGUCCGUCUGAUUGGAAUAAACAGUAUAUAGAUUUACCAAAUCGACAACUCAAGGUUAAGGUAAAAGAUCGUAAUGUUAUAUCAACAACGGAUGCAGAAAGAAAGGUUGUGACGCCUGAUGGUUUACAGGCAGCCAUUGAUACCAUAGUAACCGGAUAUAAAAAAGGCAGAUCAUUUGUUCGACCAUCCGGUACAGAAGAUGUUGUUCGAGUUUAUGCCGAGGCUGAUACACAGGUUAAUGUUGAUAAAUUGGCCAAGGAAGUAGGAAAUAAAGUUUACGAUCUUGCUGGUGGGAUCGGAGACAGACCUUGAAAAUGAAAUAAAUUAUAGAAUAUAUUUUUGUACCAUAUAUUAUAAUCAGCUUAUUAUAAAAAUCUCAUUUUAUUAAAUUAUUUAACAUUUUAAUUACACAAUAUAUAAAGAAAUCUAUGAAAUAAUGCUUGGUUUGAGAUUUUCAAGUUUUGAAAUUACAACGCAAUUUAGCAGUGCUUGGUUUGGAAAUUUAAACGUCUACAACCGUUUCUGUCCAAAAUAUUAAAAAAUUAAGUUUGGGAUGAAAAAUAUAUUCAAUAAACUUAAUUUUUUAAUAUUACAACAACAAUAGUUGUCAGAAGAUCAAGGCCUUAUUCUUUAGUAUGCUUUGAUUAGAAUUGCAUUUUGUCAAGGCAGCAACUAAAUUUCAGCGGCUAAGGAUUAGUGCUUUGAGCAUGUCACUGCUACCAAGAAUUCUGUUUUUAUAAUUGUUCACAAUUUCACAUUAUCAUCAUUUUUUCUUGACCUUUGUUUGGUAGUUCAACCAUGGACCUUAUAAUACAUGGACUGGCAACCGCUUAAUAACCUAACCAGAGAUGUGUGCCGCGCUGUAAUUUGAGACACGUCCCUUUGCGGCAUCUGUAGUUACCUGGCAUGCGUACUGCUCCAUUAUGAGUAUAAUGGGUUACAACACCUAUAAAUAAAUCUGCCAGCCAUCGGAUGUUUAUAUUUUAUUGAAUAAUAAUAUGCCAAUAAAAUUAAAUUUAUUUUAAACAAAAUUUCUCGCUUUUAUAGUCUAUCUAAAGAAACUGGGCAAAACUGUGGGGUAAUUUGGGUCAAAUCAAAUACAGGUUUAUUCAUGAUUGUUGAGCAGUACAUGCAUUGGUACUUGAAAAUAUCACAAAACAAAAUGAUUUUUAAAAGUGCUAAUAUUUGUUUUAAAAAUAAGAAUUUUUCCCAGUACCGUAGAUAAGAUAUCAAAGUUUAUAGAGAAAGGGAUCAUUAAUUCCAAAAAUAAAUGUUUCACUGAUUGAAAGCAAAAAUAAAAUCACAUAUUUUUUCAUAAAAUUGUCUAAAAGUGUUAUUUUCGUUGUUUUUAGGAAGUAAUUAAUUGUAUUUCCCUUUUUUAAAAAUCGAUGAUUUUUUUUCCAAACAAUGCCUUAGAUUCACGUGUAUCAGAAUUAUGUCAGAAAAAUAUGAAAUAAUAAAUAGAUUUUGAUUGAAAGUAAAAAUCCUGACGUAUGUUUUCGAUUGUUCAUAUAACAACAAACAAUGGUGACGUCUUCGUUUCAGAGAUGCGGUCUACGUGUACUUUGAAGAUGGUAAUUACAAAGUUGUUUAAAAUAAAAUGUAUACAUAUAUGCAACGGAAAUUAUAGUUAAUGAAUUAUCUUGUCAAACAAAAGUUUAUUUUAGCAGUUUUUGGUAAAUUCAGGACACAAAACAUAACGAUGAAAACGGGUGAUUAUAGCUAAUUAGCGAAGACAUUCAGUAAUAUCGCUAUUGACUUCUCUUGUGUUUUCUCGCGCGGCAGGCAUUUAGCGAUAUUGCUUCUCGUAACCAGUCCAUAUAUUAUAAGGUCCAUGGUUCAACCCAUUGCAAGUCCAUCUUACUUACUCAACACCAGAUAAUAUUAAACAUACAGAGCUAAAUCUGCCUAUUGCAGGGCUUUCUUUGGUGGACCUUAAAGGGACAAUAACACUUUUACUGGCUUGACAGCUCUAGAAAAUAAAAAAUAGCCUUAUUCUAAGUACUAGAUGUGUUAGUGUCCUACCUGUUGUGUAAAUUAUCCAUUAAAUCCUAUUUUACUUGUCCAGAGGGUUCAAAAAUAUUUUUAAAUCCAAGUCACAUUUGAAAAGCUUUACGUCAGGCUUUUCAAAUCAUUUAGUUGAAUUUUUCCAAUUUUUUAAGUUAGGUGUGUUAAGAUGAAAUUUAUAUCAUCAAUUAAUUGGAAUAUUGUAAAAUAGUGCAAUUUGUUGACCAGAAUAAAGAUUGGGACAUAUUAUUCAGUUACAACAAGAGUGGUAUUGAGCCUUUAAAUGUUAUGUAAACUAUUAAUUAGACAUUAUUAACAUGUCAAGAUCAUAAUCAACUCUCGAUGCCAUCACUGGUUGCAAUUAAUGCACACUUCUUUUCAAACCUUCAAAGGCUAAUAUCUUUGCUCACAAUAGAGUAAUUUGAAUGAAAUUUUCUAUACGUUCAUUUUAGAUUAUCUGAUUUUGAAAUGAAAUGGGGUUUAAUGUCCUAUUGUUUUGCUCCGAACUUGGGCCAAUGGAGACGGGCAUACGCCAUACAGUGUGCUAUGAGGGAAAUUUUGCCCGGACAGCGGAUCUACGGACUACUCUUAUAUCAAAUUCCAACUGUCAAGGGAUCUUUUACGUGUAUGCCAAUGUGUACACGGGAUCUAAGGUUUUUCCUCCCAUCCGAACGACUAGACAGCUGUCCUUGUCAGGCCCCCGUCCUGUCUGUUUUUGAACUAUUCUAGCAAGAAUGGCCGGCUCUUUAUCUAAAUCUUACAUAAUGUAUCAUUAAUAAAUAACAAAAGACUUUUCUGGAAUACUAAUAAAAUUUAAAUGUGUAUUAGUAUAAUAUUCAUGAUAAUCACAAAUAAUCAACAGAAAUUAUCAUUGAUUUUUAUUUUGUUGUUAUUGUUAUUUGAUAUACAAUGAUUUCUAUUUUUGAUAAAUAAUUUUUUAAUUAUUUACAUGUGAUGCUAUACUACGUAAAUUUUGUGCCAGACAUGUAUUAUAAAUAUCUUUUGAAAGCCAGUUUUCCUGAAAUGAAAUGAAAUGGAGUUUAACGUCCUACUUUUCUGCACUGACUGGGCUAAUAAAGACAGGCAUAAAGCCAUAAGGUGUGCUAUGAGAGAAAUCACUCCAGGACAGCAGCACUACAGCCUACUCUUUUAAUGAAUUCCAACAGCAGUUGUACUUGAUCCAGUUUAAAGAGAGAGAGAGAAAUGGGGUUUAACGUCCACUCGAACCAAACUAGGUUAUUUCGGGACUAACAUAUGGUUAAUUUUAUUUCAAUAAUUCGCUUGCGC